AUACAGUGGAGAGAUAAAGUCCUAUAAGGUUCCAGUGUGGCCAUAAUUUACACAAACCUGGAUUCUCGAGACUUCACUCACCUCUCCAAAGUGCCUUUCCGCCGUUACUCGCAAAGAUGCCCAAAGGAUUCCUGGUGAAAAGAAACAAGAAAUCUGCACAUGUUUCCUAUAGGACUCGCUCAGACGAAGAUGACCUCCAGGAACCACCCACCCCAGCUGCCUUGCCGAGUCAGGCGGACUUCUCCCCGCCGGUGUCUGUGGCGUCCAGCCCGGAUCGCGCUGCAGCAUCGCCGGAUCUCGCAGCGGCAGCAGCAACAGCAGUGGCAGACGCGCCGGUGCCGAGACUGGAGAAACCGGCGCAGUUUGGCAACCCCGAGGCGGUGUACCAAGCCCUCUACAGCCCCACCCGGCCCAUCAGCAAGGAGCAUGACAGGGGAUAUUUUGAGCGAAGUUUCAACUUGGGCUCACCUAUUUCUGCCGAGUCAUUCCCUACACCUGCCUCUCUCUCCGGCUUGGACCACCUCCUCUACGCUCCGGUCGACUUGAAAAUCGGCACCAGCAACAGCAGCCGCAGCGGCACCACCAGCAGCGUCCCGGCUACAUCCAACCGGGUCGGCACCAAAAGGCCCGCAGCUGACGGCACAGAGCGCAAGUCUAAACCUGCCUCCAAGAAACCCAAAGCCAUUAGAAAACUCAACUUUGAAGACGAGGUGACGACUUCUCCCGUGCUCGGUCUCAAAAUCAAAGAGGGACCGGUAGAAAUAAAACCAAGGGCGCAAUCAUCUGGAGGAAACAAGCCUUUGGGAGAGUUUGUCUGCCAGCUGUGUAAAGAGGCGUACGCGGACCCCUUCUCCCUGGCGCAGCACAAGUGCUCCCGCAUCGUCAGGGUAGAGUACCGCUGUCCCGAGUGCGAUAAGAUGUUCAGCUGCCCGGCCAACCUCGCCUCUCAUCGCCGCUGGCACAAGCCCCGGGCCACCGGCGCGCCGGGGGUGCCACCCACGCAGGGCAUCAAAUCUGAAAUGGCCAAAAUGCCCCCACUAGGUGUCAAGUCCGUCUCCGAGGAAGCCAAAGACAUGAGUGACAGGGACACCCCGAGUCCAGGUCUGUCCGAGUCGGGCUCUGAAGAUGGCUCAUACGACUGCCAAUUCUGCGGGAAAAGGUUUAAGCGUCAGGCAUACCUAAGAAAACACAUCAUGGGACACCAGGCCUUGCAAAAGAAAGUGCUGGAGGAGCAUGGCUUUCAAAGCGGCGAGCGAGCGGAAGAGCAGGCUCCGGUGUCAUCCUCAUCAUCCUCAGAGGAAGCCUCAAACCAAAGCCCCCUCAAUCUGAGCCCGGUGGACUGCCUGCUGUGCCCGGUGUGCGGGGAGAGUUUCACCAGCAGGGCCGGCCAGGAGAGACACCUGCGUCUCAUGCACUCCUCCCAGGUUUAUCCGUGCAAAUACUGCCCCGCCACUCUCUACAGCUCGCCGGGACUCACCAGGCACAUAAACAAGUGCCACCCCUCGGAGAACAGGCAGGUCAUCCUGCUUCAAAUGCCUGUGCGCCCCGCCUGCUAAAGACAACACAAAAGUCGUGCCUUUGACGGGAUAAGAAAAAAAAAAGAAAAGAAAAAAAGUGGCUUUGGGUUAAAAGAAAAAAAAAAAAAGAAUAGAAAAAGAAAAAAGAAAAUAAAGAUUUUGUGAUGCUCAUUGCCAUACAGUAGGCCAAUGAAAGGCAGGGCGGCUUGAUGUUUAAAUGGUGUUAAAUGAGGUGUCUUUUUCCAUGCCAAUCAGUGAUUGUUGAAUGCUUCUCUCUGUCUUUGAAUUACAUAGGCCUAUUUUGAGAUUUUGUUUCUCAAAUUAGUUUAUCAAAAAUAAUACAAAGCGUUAGUUUGACUGUUAAAGGGUAUUUUUCUAGGACAGCACCUGUGCUCAACGAUAGCUUCUAGACCUAAGAAAUGUUUUAAAUUCUCAUAAAUCUUUUUUGUUUUCCCAAUCAAAGCCUUUUGGAUUCACCGACUGUGAUUGCUGUAUCACUGUAGCUUUACGCUAGUUUGUGAAUGACAGAACUUAUCGACUUUGAUGAAGAGAAAUAGAGUGACUGAAGCAUUCCCUUUUAGUAGAACCACAAAUGCCUUUAGUAUACAAAUAAGCCUAGUCGGAAAUAGCCUACAUACACAUCCAAAUUCCGCUGUAUAACUGCCUUAAAAAGUCAACAUAGAUUGUUUUAAUUUUGAAUGCUGGCACAUAUUUUAUUAUUGAAGAUUGUUGCAAUAUUUUUCAUCAUAAGUUUAUUUAUUUAUUUAUUCUAAUUAUUUUAUGUAACUUAUUGUUGUGUUUGUUGUGAUUAUUCUGUGAAUCGUUCUGGCAGUUUACAUGUCGUAUAGCCAAAAUGUUUUGUCAAAUUCAUGAGUUGUGAUAACUGUCGUGGGUCGGGUUUUAAUCUUCAAUCUCCACAGCUCUUGUAAAAAGAAAAAGAAAGAAAAAAACGUAAAGCUCUUACCUUAGAUGCAAUCUUUUUUAAGGACAAGUUAUUUUUCUUAAAUGUUGGCUUUUAUAGCGCUUUGAUUGUAUGUGUAUAUCGUUGUUGUCUAUCGAAAUAAAAUAUUUUCAAAAGGA